GGUUACACAUUGUGCGAUAUGUUGCUACGGAUAUUCUCAUAAAUAUUUUAUUUAAAUAUAAUUUGAUUCAUUUUAUUUCUACUGUAUUUAUUUUUUUCUUUUCUGAGUUUGGGGUAGCUGUCUAACUAUGAAGCUAACAUUGUACAGGAUACAGUUUCAGGAUGCCUCACAAGAUAGGGUUUGGAGUCGCCAGCUCCUCCAGUCAUGAGGAUAACUAUAGUGCCAAGGAGUUGAUGGUCCACGCACCCACUGUCAAUGGCUGGAGAUCUGCCAGGUCCUGCCCCUACCCCCAGGAGAUCACCCUGCAGCUGGUGGAGCGUAGCCGCAUCAGGAAGCUUCAGCUGCUGGCCCACCAGUACAUGAUCUCCGCCAAGAUAGAGUUCCAUGUGGGCGACAGCCUGCCGGAGGGGUCUUCUCCCCACGCCGCGGAUAGGCUCCGCAGGCUCGGGUACGUGUCGCUGUCAGAUAAUGAGAAAACGGGAUUUAAAGCUCGCGAGCUGAAGUCCGUCCAUGUGGACGCUGUCGGAACAUACCUCAGACUGACGUUCCACAGAAACCAUGCCAACCGCUGUAACCUCUACAAUCAGGUUGCUUUGGUUGCCAUAAACAUUCUUGGUGAUCCAGUGGAUGGCAAAGAGAUGGACACAAUUCCUACCAGAGAUCAACUGAUUGAGCAAUACCUCAACAGCACUCAGCACGAGAUGGCCCUGGAUGGGACCUACUCAGGGAAGUGCGACUCCAUCUCCCCGCUGGACGACCUGGCGUUCGACAUGUACCAGGACCCGGAGGUGGCGCAGAUCGUUCGCCGGCUGGACGAGAAGAAGCAGGACGCCGUGCGGCAGGAGAGAUACGAGCUCGCCAAGACGCUCAAGCAGGCCAUGGCCGACCUGCAGAAGGUAGGGGAGCGCUUGGGCCGCUACGAAGUGGAGAAACGCAGCGCCAUCGAGAAGGAGGACUACGACACCGCGAAGCAGAAGAAAGACCAGAUGGAGGAGUACCGGCUGAAGGUGUACCAGCAGCUCGAGGUUCACAAUCUCCUGGACAUGAGUCUGAUUCAGAGGGCCGCUGAGCCUGCGGCCAAGGAGCGCCCUGUGCCUGCCCCCUACCCCUCCCCUCCCCCUUCGCCAGAGAAACGGGCGCAGUCCCCCCCAGAAAUCGCGAGGGAGAAGAAGACAGAGAAAUUCAAGGAGCAGGAGCGGGUCUCUGCUGACCCCCCCUCCCCGCGGCGGGCCCAGACGCCCCCCACCCUCCCCGCAGCCUCGCCGGAGAUCCCCAAGAUCAGUGUCAGCGCCUUGCCCUAUGACGAGAGGCCGCUGCCCGCCCUGCGGAAACAGCAGAAGCUCGCGGAGCAGCCCGUGCUCCCGCCCGAGGAGCCCCCUGACUCCGCCCCCUCGUCCCGCAGCGUCGGGGUGACCGGGGAGCCUGAGCCGCUGACGGAGAAGGCCAUGCGCGAGGCCAGCUUCCCCAUCGCCGUGUACGGAGACGGCCUGGUGGCGGCGGCCUACUCCAAGACCUGGUCGUACCGGGAGGACGCCCUGCUGGCCGUCUGUAAGAAGCUGUCCCAGGCCCCGGCCGGGACGCCCAAAGAGGACCUGAGGACCAUGAUGAGGGCAGCCGUGUUCCUCGCCAGGAAGGCCAUCCUGGACAAGGUGUCAUCGGUCUUCCAGGCGUCGCUGAAGCUGCUGAAGAUGAUCCUGACCCAGUUCAUUCCGCAGCACAAGCUGGGCAGGGCGGAGGUGGCGCACUGCCUGGAGCAGACCUGGCCCAACCUCCUCGCCAAGACGGGCGACCCCGCCGGCCGACUGCGGCUCGCGGCUACGAGCUUCAUCCAGGAGAUGGCGCUGUUCAAAGAGGUGAGAUCCUUGCAGACGAUCCCUACUGAGCUGGUGAAACCCAUGAAGUCCAGCGUUCCUGCCCGCCUGGCGCUGAGCCACGUAGAGCUGACAGAGAGGCUGCUCGCGGAGCUGGGCACCGACGGCUCUGGGUUCUCCCUGGAAAACGUCAUGCAGUUUUCCACAGGGGCUCUGGAGCACAGCGCGGCGGAAGUGCGGGAGAAGGCCGUGCACAUUAUCCUGGCCAUGUACCGCCAGCACCGGAGCGCCGUCCUGGACUUCCUGCCGCCCAACGACGCCAACACGCGCCGCAACGUCCUCUACAAGAACAUCUUCGACGGCUUCGCCAAGAUGGACGGCCGCCCCGCGGAGCCCCAGGCCAAGGCGCUGAAGAGGAGCGUCACGCGGGUGGUGCACAAGGAGAAGAAAGAGGAGAUCCGGACUCUGCAGGAGCAACUGGCCGCCCUGAAGGAGAUCAGCGAGAAGGAGAAGGGGAAAGAGAAUAGCAAAGGAAGGCAGUCUUCAAGACCAGUGAAAGCAGGUAUAAAAAAGAUACCCCCCAGUAAAGCCACAGUGGUGCGAGAUGUGGACCAAUCACCAGUGGCUAAUUAUUUAGACCGUCUGUGCAUCUUCUGUGGGGAGACGGACGAGUCGUUCACGGAGGAGGGGCUGGACCUGCACUACUGGAAACAUUGUCCCAUGCUGCGGCGGUGUGACCUUUGCAGACAGGUUGUGGAGAUCUCCAGCUUGAACGAGCACUUGCUGGAGGAGUGCGAGAGUAAAGGAGCGUUCGCCAAGUGCCCCCAGUGCGCCGAGGCUGUGCCCAGAGACCAGCUGGUGGAGCACACCCGGAGUCAAGCCUGCAACCCUCCUGCAACGGACAGAGUGUCAAACCACUGUCCAUUGUGCCAUGACAAUUUCAUGCCUGGAGAGGAGGCCUGGAAAUCUCACCUCAUGGGGAGGGAGGGCUGUAAACAGAACGCGCGGAGGACGGCGGCCCUCCAGCGAGCGCUGCAGUCACAAGGAAAGUUUGGCACUACAGGCGCUACAAAGCUGAUGCCCGUGGGGGCGAGAGGCAGGCCUGGACCCAGCGCCAGCCGGAUUCCCGCCCCCAAGGCCGGAGGCGGCAGGGCGAACCGCCUCAACCCCGUCAGACGGUGAGCCAGCGGGACCAGCGCCCCUGCCCUCACUCUGGGCCCUUGUGUUCGUACCCGGGGACACUGCGGGCCUCGAAGUGCGCAGGGAUCUGGUGACCAAAACACCAGCCCCGCAUGUGACCUCUCGUGAAUAUCUCCUGGGGUCUUUUUAGAGCACCGGUCUGCCAACACAGCUGGGUAAAGGGACUGAACACGGCUUUAGGAACGCUUUACUGGGCACUUGUGUUUACACUGUCUGUUUACAUUGUAGCUAGUAGCACUGUAGUCUCCUCAGUUCUGGUAACUCCUUUCAUUUCACUGCAUAUUGAAUAUUUAUACUUUUUUAUAUGUCAGGAUAAUCAGUGAAAAUCUCAACUGUAGCGUUAUUUUAUAACUGUAUAUUUUACUGUUUAAUGGGUAUACAGACUGAAAAUCGGUGAGGGAGUUUCACAGCUGAGAAAAAUCAUUUGAAUGUCAGCUCAGCUCAUUCCUCCAGAUUAAUAACUGAUGAAUGGAUUCCACAACUACCAUAGGAAAACAUUGUGCAUUGCUGCAAAUCUGAUUAUACAGAAUGAGAAAUUGUAUGUGUUUAAUUCGCUAGCUGGGGCUGACUAUAUUGAAAAAGGCACAGACAAGAUGAAAGGUUGAGGGUAGAUACUAAGCUGCUGGAAAUACAAGCAAAGAGACCCCUAACAGGCUACUGCGUCUUCACAAGCACUGGAUCCCUGCAGUUUACAUCACUAAUAAUUUACAUUAUAUGGAUAAUGAAAUGGUAUAAAUCAAUAUGUACAUUUAUAUUUUACUAAUUUUGUAUGAAUGUGUCUCAUUCUCUCUGUUAUUAAAAAAUGAAGCACUUCAGUACGGAUGCUUACGAGAGAGUAGAUAAGGAACAGCAUACCUUUUGGACAUUCGGUGUAGUCACUUUUUAUUGGAGGGGUUGCUUUGAGAGCGUAUCCUUUUCCCCUUUUAGCAAUCCAAAUAACUUUGCACUGGGAUCUUGUCCGAAACGGCCAAAUUCGCUUACUCUGAUGAAGGAAAGAGGAGUUUCUGAAAUUUCAUUGGACUUAAGAAAGAAGACUUAGACUUAGACUUAGAAGACUGGCUGAAAUGUGUCCUGUGAGGAAGAGUAUUUUAAUAUUCGUCGGUAUGAUGUACUGUGCUUAACAAACAUAAUGAUGAAACAGGUAAUUCAGGGAAGGAGAACAGAGUAGCCUGUUCAGUGCAGAGUCAGUGCACUAAAACAAAUUUGUUUUCUCUCACACAUUAUUGAACCCCAGUUGAAAACCUCCCAAUGAAUGAAUGUCAAAAACCUCUAGCAGUAUUAAGAUGUUUUGUUUACAGACAUGAUGUAAAUCGGGGAGAGGUUUUGCCAUAAUCUUAAACAAAUCCUUAUUUUGACAUGUAUAUCUUUGCUUAUUUACCCAUGAUGCAACACUGCUCACAAAGCUGCAACCUACUUUUCAUGUAUUCACAAUUUCUGUGCAUGCAUCGUUACACAGAGUGCUACAUUUCUGGAUGUACUUGGCUUCAAGCUUUAUAUAUCUAUUUUGGAAAGUUUGUCCCAUCACACAAGGCUAAUAUUCAUUUUCAAAAACAUGUAGCCCUAUAUAUUCCUCCAGAUGAGAAACAGAACAUAAAGAAAACAAAGCAAUUAUUUAACUUUACUUUAUUUAUUGUGUGGUAUAUAACCCAGCAGUGAUCAGUUGCUGGUUUGCUCUUCUGUGUUUUCCUCAGACAGGUUUGUCGAAAGUUGCUUAAAAAUGUCAAUACAUAUUUAUAUGGUAUACUAUUACAAAAAACGAAUUUAAACUAUAACCAAUAAAAAUGUAACAGAAUGGUUAAUUGAAAUAAACCUCAAACUAGAGUGACAGUCGGCAGAGUCCAUAGCUUUCUCAUCUUUUUUUAUGUUUUCCACCCCUAUUUCCUGUGGAAUGAGUUUAAAAUCAUAUCUAUUAUCGGUUUAUCAAGUGUGUCAAUGAAAAUAAAUCAUUCCGAUUGUUAUCUGAUAACCCUUUAGUACCGUAUAUCUGGAGUACUGUAAGUCUUAAACUAAAGAAAUGGUGCAACCCGUGUGUCUGCCUCAGUGCUCACAAGUCAAUUUACAGCUCUAGCGAGAAAUAGAUUGCGCUGCAGUCCUGGUUUGACAUGGAUAUACAACUGAGUAUAAUUAACACAUUCUGUAAAGGCACAGCAAGUUAAAAUGAUUCAGUGAUAUCAAAUGAUUUAAUAAAUCAGCUUGUUAUGAAAAUAUAAUAAAGUAUUUAAUUUCAAGAAUAUCUCAUCUUUACUAAAAAGAUUUAUGACAGUUUCAGGGCAGCACAGCGUACCUUUGGUUUAUAUGUCUAAAAAAGCUUUCCAGCCGUGAAUAACCUGUCACUGGGGAGCUAUGGCUUGAGACCUGUGUCACUGGUGGAGAAGCUGCACAGUCCUGAAAUAUUUAUAUUCCCUAGGACAAUCAUUUUUACUAGGUUUCAUCCAAAUCUGCCCAUAGCUCUUUCUAUUAGGGGAGAGAGAGGAGAGAGAAAUGGGGGGUAGAAAUGGGGGUAGAAAAGGAGUAAGAUGGACAAGAUGGAGUGUGAGAGAGGAAUGUGAAGAUGAAGGUGAGAUGGAGUCAGAGGCAGAGACAGAGAGAGAGAGAGACUGUGAGAGAGAUGUGGGAGAGAGAGAGAGAGGGAGGGAGAGAGAGAGAGAGAAAGGUCCAUGUUUUUCCUAAAUUGAAGCAGAAGAUUUCCAUUGAAAUCAUUAUGUUAGAUUGCUCCUUCAGGCUGUUUGGUGUCACUGAGAGAACGUUCAACAUGCACAUAUCAGUAAGAACGCACAAGUCACUUUUUUGUAGUCAGUUUGUUCUGCUAUAAGGCUGCAUACAGAUUUGCUGCCAUUCAGGUAACAGCUUGAUCUAAAAACCCAUCCAUGUAUUUUGCUUAUAUUUCAGAUAAAUUGUUAUUUGAGUAACAACAGAUCACAUACAUACACAUACAUGCAUGCGGUGUAGUAUUAAAUGCAAACUUAUCAAAGUGCUUGCUUUAAUAUCAUAAAUAAUAGAUGAACGGUUCAAUACAUCUAUUUUAGAAUCCGAUGUACGGGCAUUGCUGAAACUGCCACAAGGCUUCUGUGAUUACAAGACUGAAAUGACAUUGUACAGAUUCAAGAGUGGGUUCAUAUCUGGUGCAACGUAUUAAAUCACACACUUUUUCAAAGAUUUCACUCGCGGGAUAUUUGUCUACAGCAGUUUAUCAUUGUUUAUGCUAUGAAUACUAACUGAUUUGGGUUCAGUUAUAAACUGUUUCGCACUCCAGGUAGAAAAACUUAUCAUAGCUUUAAUGCCAUAACAAAACCAUGAAAAAUUAGCAACAAUACAGAGUACAAAUGAUAUCUGCACUUGUUUAAUGUAUGAAUAUGAAAGGACCUGGUAUACUUUGUUGUAGCAUUUUAGUGAAUAAAAGAAGUACUUGUAUAUUUUUAACAUAGAUGUUAUUUCUCUCAAUUAAUCAUGUCCAAAGUAAUGAUAUUCAAAUGUUCUUUGAUAAAUAUUUUUCAAAAGUAAGCGAUGGUGAGACAGAACGUGGACAUCUUCUGUAACUCCUUUAUAUAACGUCAUUGUAUACACAGCAAUCUAUGUUUUGAUUACAAAAACUGAAUAAAAUGAGUUUCUUGUGCA